GCGAAGAAGUGUCUCUUCCGCCACGCCGUUUCCACGCUGUCGUCGACUCCCCUGCAGGUCCUGCUGUACCUCAACUGCUGGUACUUUGCCGCCUUCUUCCUGGCAAGCGUCCUCACGUUCGUCUAUAAAGGCCUUUUGCUGCCUUACCCGUCGAGUAAUCUGAUUCUGGACGCGGCGCUGCUGGUCCUCUUCCUCGGUCUGGAGAUUCUCCGGAUCUUCUACGGUUGGAAGGGCAACUUGUGCGAGCACACGGCGACCACGGCGGUGUCGCUGUUCCUGCUCCUGCCGUGCGUCGCGCUGUGCGUCUACUUCCUGCUGCUGCAGACUUUCGUGCUGCAUUUGGAGUUCCUGCUGGGCUCGGUGCUGCUCUGCUUCUACGGGCUCCAGUUCCUGCUCAGCGUGCUGGCGCUGUCGGCCUUCGCCAGGUCCAAAGCGUACUGACCGGCGCCGAACGUUACGUCAAAGACUUCACGUGCAAUGCAAACUUUAUUUGUACGUGUACGCAUUUGUAAAACUAAAGUUGACAAACGGGUCAACAGCGCCAUCUAAUUCAA